AUGAAGCUGAUGCAUCUUCUGCCCCUGGUGGCACUAUUCCAACCUCUCGUGGCCCAGAACGUGAAGGUCUACGAGGGCGACGACCACGUCCACAGCGCCCGAUGUCUGUCGGGGUUCAUUGACGAUGCCUGUGGAGCCACGUUUGAGAACGUGGAGGCCACCAACGCCGAGGUGCGCCCGCUGCUGAAGGAGCUCGUCAAGGAGGACUACUUCCGCUACUACAAGAUCGAUCUCAACGGCGAGCGAUGUCCGUUCGUGUGGGACGACGGCCUGUGCGGUAAUAAAGCCUGCGCUCUCAAUCUGGAGUCCGAGGAAGAUCUUCCCGAGGUCUGGAAGCCCAAGCGGCUCGGAGCGCUCACGAAGGACUCCGUUUCGCGAGACAAGAACGUGCGACAGAAUGAGCGUUUCGCCGAGUUUGACCUCGAGCAGGAAUACGAUUCCCGCGGAGAUAACGGAGGCUCCAACUACUGCUACCCCGAAGACGAAUUUGCCCACGGCGGCGUCUAUGUGUCGCUGCUGGACAACCCCGAGCGGUUCACCGGCUACGCUGGACCCCAUGCCCAGCGUGUGUGGCGAGCUGUCUAUGCAGAAAACUGUUUCACCGGCAUGUCUUCUCUGCCCGGCGAGGUGUCUUCUCCUCUCAACCUGGGCUCCGGUCUAGUUCCCUUUGGCCAGCAGGACUUUGACCUGGCCGAGAUUGACUCAUACGCCAACGAUCUCCCUCACCAGUGUCUCGAACAGCGAAUCUUUUACCGAUUGCUGUCUGGAAUGCAGGCCUCAAUCUCCACCCACCUGUGCUACGAGUACCUCGAUAUGGAUGCUGGUGAGUGGCGACCCAACAGCACCUGCUUCGAGUCGCGUGUAGGCACCCACCGAGACCGUCUGUCCAACCUCUUCUUCAACUACGCUCUUGUUUCUCGAGCCGUCUCCAAGCUUAACGACCAUCUCAACGACAUUAAGUUUACCGACGAUACCAAGCACAACGAGGAGACUCGAGAGAUUGUGGCCAAGCUGACGGGGCUUUUGCAGAACACCACCUCUGCCAUCUUCAACGAGACUCUGGUGUUCUCGACCCCCGAAGCUAUCACUCUCAAAUCCGAGUUCCGACAACGAUUCCGAAACGUUUCUGCGCUGAUGGACUGUGUUGGAUGCGACCGAUGCAAGCUUUGGGGCAAGGUGCAGACUGCCGGCUACGGAACUGCUCUGAAGCUGCUGUUUGAGCUUGGAGACAAUACCGACGAGGUCAUCAAAAACCUGCGACGAACGGAACUUGUUGCCUUGUUCAACACCUUUGACCGACUGUCCAAGUCCGUCGAGGCCGUGGAGUACUUUGAGAAUCUCAAGGAGGGUGCUCGACAAGAAUCGGCGUUUGCUACCUUCCUGUACUACGUUCGACGAGCCACUUCUCAGGUUUCGCGAGUCUUUUCCACCAUCAAGAACAGCAUCUUCAACCGAUUCCGAUGGAUCAAGCAUACCGAGUUCUGGGAGGAUGUGGAGCGAGAGAUGUACGCCACCAAGGUCGGCCUCAGGUUCAUUCUGCGGUCGUACUGGAACUUCCCCCGAAACAUGCUGAUGCUGACUUUCAACUGGAUCGCCCCCAAGUGGGACAAGUUUGUUGGCAGAGACAAGUACCAGGAUCGAAUUAUUCCCACUCGAGGCGUCUACACUCUUACAAACACCAAUUAA